AUGGAUGUGCCAUACCCUCUUAGUACUAGUGAAAAUUGUGGUAACCCUAACUAUAAGGUUUACUGCAACAGUUACAACUUAGAGUUCUUGUCCUCUGUGGGAUUCUACUACAAAAUCCUCAGUAUCAAUCCAUCUACAUCUAGACUUGUUAUUAGCCCUCCUUUCAUACAAAAAGACUCUUGUCAAUCUUCUGAUCUAUCCUUAGGUGGCCUAAAGAUUGACGAAAACUCUCCUUUCAACAUAUCUUCGCAAAACACGGUUAUGCUAUUUAAUUGUUCUGAGAAUAUCCUUGAGUCCCCAUUGAACUGUUCUUCAACUAGCCCUUGUAGGAAGUUUGAGGAGUCGAGUCGUGAAGGAAGGAACUGUAAGAACACAUUGUGUUGCAGUUACUUGAAAGAUGCAUCUAUGACUUCUCAUAGAAUUAGGGUUAGGGUUACAGGGUGCACUGCCUAUACUUCUUUUGUUGAUUUUAAGGCUGAAGCCUCCAUUAGUGCAUGGCGCUAUGGCAUUGAGCUACAGUGGAUACCUCCUAAUUAA